GGGUCACUCACUUUCGUUUUCUCCCAGUCACUGUUGUGUGGCGUAGCAGCAGCGGUGACCACACCAACCCAUGUGUGGCUAGUUUGGUCGACCCUCUCGCUACCAGGGCUGAUGAUGGUGAACGUAAACACCGUUGGUGAGGUCGCGUGUGCAAGCCUUUGCCCGCCCAGCAGAAGCAGCAGCGGCUCGCCACCGCCGCCCUGGGCUCAGCCUAGUUGGGCGCCCACUGCGGUGGUCGUCAGCUGCUGCCCCGCGCCGCGCCACACUCCUCCACCCGUUCCACCCUCCCUCCACACACACCUCCACUCCCUCACUCCACACACACCCCGCGCCACGCACGGGUCUCCUCCGCCUACCUACUCCACCAUAACGUCUCUUCCAACAUGGAAGUUAUGUGACGUCUGGUAAUGAGAGGGGUGAUCAAGACAACACUAAUUAUGAAGAGUAAUUAAAGGAGGCAGUGGAGUAAUACAAUGGAAGGUGGCUAAGAGUGAACCGUCUCUGUUGUGUUAAGUGGAUGACAACUUCCACCAGUGGUAAAUAAGUGAAUAAUCGUGUGUGGUGGUGAAGGGACCGGAAAAAUAUACGUGGUAGCGUAUUCCCGAGAAGUGAAUUUCCAAGAAAGUGAUGUGAUAGCGUCUAGUGUUAGGAACUACAAUUGUCACGUAAAUAGUGAUCCUCGGUGUGCUGGUGAAAAUCAUUGUUUUUUAUUAAUUCCCUGAUGUAAGUGUUUAAACGAAUCAAAACUGUGUAUAAGAUUAUAAAUAUAUAUAAUAUAUAUGUAUAUAUACAGUAUUUAUACAAUGUUAGUUCCGGGUGUUUGUGUUUUGAAGUGAAUUACCAUUGUUAAAUCACAGAAAAUGUACCAAAACAGUUGAAAGAGUGAACGUGUGAAUAUUAUUACCAAUGGUAGUGAGAGGAAGGUGGUGAUGGUGAAAGUUGUUGAUGCCCGUGUACUGUAGUUUCUCCCGUGUUACCUCGCCCGGUCACUCUCCCUUCGCUGUGAGAACUAGAGUGAUACAUUGUUACAUCUUAACAUGAAAGGCCAUCUUGAUUCAUUCUCGAUGGGUUUAUGUUUACCAACAACCUUCUGCACAGUUGUUGUCAAGUCCGCCUUGGCGAGUCACCAGCGACCUUCAGGGGGAAGUGAGGACCGCCCAGCCUCAACAUUAAGAUAAUAAGCCCACCAAGCUACGGACAACACAAGAUGACUUCUGCUUCCUCAAUUGUGUGGAUGUGAUUCUGUUGACGACGAAUUGAUCCCGGCAUCGUACGUAAAGAAGAUGCCGGGCAGAGGAUAGGAGAGUACGGCAGACACAAGCGUGAGAGCAAGGAGGAAUACGCCUACCUGCACCAGGCCCCUCGCCUCAAUGUUGCCUGAGAUCUUGGGCGUGAAGCGCGAGGACGGAGGGGUGUCGUGGGUGCCUCUCACGCCGCUAACCACCUUCAGGGACGUGGCCGCCUGCGUCAGGGACACUGGGGACCCCCUCCCUCACCUGCUGGAGGACUCCCCGCUAGGAGUUCGUGUGGUGGCUGGCUGGGAGCGCCCGUUGGAGCUCCUGCGACUGUGGAACACCCUGAAGGACCAGGUCUCCUACACCGCCUCCUACAGCCAUAAGGAUGACCCGGCAGAUCCCCUCGCUUAUCUCUCCAAAUCGUCUUACCUGGAGGAAGAGGAGGAGGAGGAUAGUGACCCGAUAAGCCCCUGGGAGUUGUAUGACCUCAAGGACGAGCUCAAGGAUUUCGGUUCUGAGCUGCGACCGUCAUUGACCAGCAGUGGAGGUGACGUUGAGGUCCGCAGGUUUAUCUUCGACGACCCACCUCUGUCUCGGUCUCUGGACGAUAGUGAUGAACUGGUGGUCGUGAGCAGUGAUGGUGAGGCUGACUCCUCCUACAACUCCCACACACAGAGCCAGAGGAACAACUUCGUCAGGUCGAUCCUUGGGGGCAGGAAUGGUCUAAUGCGUCACAGCAACAGGUCCACCAGACGACCCUCAGCUAACUGGCCUCGGGGUGGACACAGACAGUCUGGUAUUUCUCCAUUUGUUCGAGGACAUUCACAGACCUCUUCCCUCCCAUUAAAAUCUCAGGAAGUUAUACAACCCCCUCUCCACUACCCAAAGGAACGGCAUCCACUAAAUCUCCAAAAUUCUCAGUGUAACGGUGAAGUUGGACACAGAAAACGAACGCUACCUGCUCAUACCAUAGAAAACGGUUCUCCCAAUUAUUAUAACGGUCACUUGUACAAAUACUAUAAUCUACAGGAAGACUAUAAUGGCUUGGAUGAAAAUUAUAUGGAAAGAAUGCAGUGGAAUAAAAACUUGAGUCCAGUAAUUAGUAAAAAGCAGAAAUUAAGGUCCACAGAGCACAGACAGUUAAGUACAAAGUCGGGGUAUGGGAAAAUAGGCAGUGUUGAGAACUCUAAGGUGCCGGUACACAGUAGACGAGGUGAGGCAGCCAGACCCCACCAGACCUCUCGAGCUGGUCACUCACACACCAACCAAAGUGACAUAAGACAUCUGUUACAUAACCACUUCAGUAGUAAAGGCUUUCAGCUGGAGCCUUUAGAUAUACACCAGAACGGAACUUAUUCUUCGUCCAGUCGUAACCCAGCUGGUAGUUCACAACUGAGGAACAGUCGCAACUUUAGUGGUCGUAACUUACAAGUGAGAAACUCUAGUGAGCAGAACAGGAACCCUCAUGCGUUAGAUAAAGUUCAUUCCUCCGUCGUGAGUCAUGAUAGUCGGAGGAACGGCAGAGAUGAUCCUGUCAACUGUCGUGGAGACUCAACACUGUGUACAAAUCACAACUCGGGACACCAAAGACACUCCCAGCCUCAAGUACAAGAGCGGAGCAGCGGCCAGAGGACCUCCGCGACCCACAGAUCUAAGAGCAAGUCAGAAGAAAAAACUUCCGGUAGGCAGAACGGGGAGCUGCACCACUCUGUCAGUGUCCCUGGCCUCCACGCCCAGUGCAGCACCAGGGGCAUUAAUAACCAGGGACACGAGUCUCGCCCUCAGUCAAGAUUCCUCAGGGACCCAGGGAACGGUAGUGUAGGUCCCAGGGAUGUGAGGGAGAGUCAGGGCCGUAGAUACCAGAGAACCACCAGCAUGCCAGAAACCAGGCAGCUAUACCCCUCCCGGGGAGGACAGUCACACCCGCCUCUCACCUCCUCUCAUGAUCGACCCUCAAGGAGGACGGCCACACACCGCACCGUCCACCGACGCUCCUACUCCGACCCCCUCUACGAGUACCUGAAAGACGACAACCGCGCCCUCCACCUCCGCCAGCCAGCACGACGACGGAGACAUUCAGCGCCUGAAUAUACCAAGUUAAUGUCGCCCGUGAUAGAAUUUUCUCGCCCUGGUUUCAUCAUGUUAAAACCUCUCAGGCAGGGAGGUUGA